AACGUCUGUUGUUAUUCUAGUUUUAUUUGUGAUAGUGCAAAUAGAAAAUGGAUAGUGGAUUAACGUCACAAAAAGCAUUUGCUUUCUAGCGCUGUAGAGAAGUGGUUGAAAAUAAUCUCGGCGAUGAAGAAAGUAAUAUGUAUUCUUUGAAAAGUUCGUGGAAUGAUAAAGAUAUAAGAAAACACUUAUUCUUUUUCUUCAAAGUGGAGUUAUGAUGAUGGCGGAGAUGAGGAGGCUGGCGUCCUCUGCCUUGGUCCUCCUGCUGCUUGCGUCCUCCGCCAUGGCUCAGGGCAACCCACUCAAUUUCAUGACCGGAGAAGACCGCUUGUUGCUCACGAACAUCCUCGGGUCGCAAUCCCCCUCCAUCCACAGUCGCGUCACACCUUCAAUUUCUUCGGCGACUGGGAGCUGUAACACUCCGGAGGGAGAGAAAGGCACAUGCAGACUCGUGAGCAAGUGUCCGCCCUACAAGCCCCUGGUCGCUGACAUCUCCAAUCCGGACAUCUUGUCGUUCUUCAAGGAGCGAAUAUGCAGAUUCGAUCAGACCAUCGUUCUUCUGUGUUGUCCUGACCAGGCAGGCCCCUCCACCCCUGCCCCCACAGGGUCUCAGGGACGCCCUAUAGUUAUCCCUGGCAACACGCAAGCUUCUUCGUCGACGUUCCCAGUUCGAGUGCCACCCCAAGGCGGACAGACCCCGGGGCUUCCUCAGGGUUCCGUCCAGAGUUCUCAAAGUCCCGGUUCGUCGCCGUCUCAGAGCCGGCCGAACCGCCCGUCGACGAACCGCCCCGGGCCGCCCAUUUUAGACACCCCACCUCCCCCAAGGCGUCCUGGACAACCGGAUCUCAGUCUGCCUGGUCCACCCUCGCGGCCCCCUAGUAAUGCGGGCUUCGGUGGCCAGGGCGGGGCAAGUUUCCCUUCCUUGCAACCUCCCCGACCUCAGCGACCGAACUUUCCUUCUUUGCAACCUCCUCCACCUCAACCGAACUUCCCUUCCUCACAGCCUCGACCUGCUCAAACCCAACAACCGACUUUCCCAUCCCAGCAACCCCAGCAACCAAAUUUCCCUGGACUGCAACCCCAGCAACCAAAUUUCCCUGGACUGCAACCCCAGCAACCAAAUUUCCCUGGACUGCAACCCCAGCAACCAAAUUUCCCUGGACUGCAACCCCAGCAACCAAAUUUCCCUGGACUGCAACCCCAGCAACCAAAUUUCCCUGGAUUGCAACCCCAGCAACCAAAUUUCCCUGGAUUGCAACCCCAGCAACCGACCGUCGCCCAGGACUCGGCUCCGGGGAAGGUCGACAUCCCUUCAGAGGAGGAAUGUGGCUUCCUCUUCUCCAGCACGAGGAAUACGGUCGGGAGGGACGAAUCCAAGUGGAGGCCGUGGCUCGUGGCGCUCGGGCAGAAGAAGGGAAGCGCCUUCGAAAUCACGUGCGGCGGCGCCCUCAUCACCAGCCGCCACGUCCUGAUAGCGGCCCACUGCAUGGCUUCGCCGCGCCUGCCCAGACCGACUCACGUGCGACUGGGAAAUCCUCACUCGGCGGGAAGCAGCGACGGGUCUCUGCCGGCGGACUUGGCCAUAGCGAAGUUCGUGGACGCGGGAUACGACCUCAAGAAUUUGGGGAACGACAUCGGAGUCGUUACUCUCGAACGCGCCGCGACACUCAGCGACAUGAUUCGGCCCGUGUGUCUGCCAUACAGAUUCAUGUUCGACGGAUUCCGAUACCAGGAAGUGGACGUCACCGGUUGGAGUCAGUCGGCCACGAGCCUUCGAGAAGUCGACGAACCAGCGCAAAUAGUGAUCUCCCGAGCCAGCGUGGUCGGCCUAGGAGUCUGCGAGAACACCUUCCUGAAGGAGGUGGAGAGCCUGACGCUGACCAACCAGCAAAUGUGCGCUGUGGUCGAGGAGGAUCAGCCGUGUCUGAACGACAACGGCGCCCCCGUGACGUUCUUCGAUGACGUCACGACCAACAAGCACUUCCUGGUGGGUCUGACCUCCUUCGGCUACGGGUGCAAGCAGCCCUUCUCCCCGGGCGUGUACAUAAGGGUGGGCGCGUUCCUCGAGUGGAUUGAGAAGAAUAUAAAGUAAAUAGGAUAUAGGAGGGAAGGGGGGAAAUCGAAAGAAGACAGGGAGAGAGAGAGAGAGAGAGAGAGAGAGAGAGAGAGAGAGAGAGAGAGAGAGAGAGAGAGAGAGAGAGAGAGAGAGAGAGAGAGAGAGAGAGAGAGAGGAAUGGGGAAAGGGAGAAGGAAAUUGAAGAAAGGGAAACGGUGGGGAAAGGAAGAAAGGAAGAGAAAAAAAGGGGGGGGAAGAAGAACGUGAGUUAAUGAACAAAAGCAAACACAGAAACGCACGAAUAAAGAUGGUAUGAAAGGCGGCCAGAAAAGCUGGAUCGAGGAAGCCAAUACGUCCACUAGAAACGUCAUUUAUUAUUUCUCUGUUACCUUGGUUAUUUCUUAUUAUCAAUAGUUAUGAUAUCUAUAAACGUUAAACAAUUAUUUGGUACUCAUAGAAUAGGAAAAUAAAGCAUAACAAGUAAUGAGAGGUAAACAGGUACAUAUUUAUUGAUUUUUUUGUCUGUUUUUGUUAUUGCUGUAUCUUCGCGAAAAUUAAAGUAUAUAUUGCUGA